UCUUCUCGGCUUUGUGUCGCGUUUUUUACCUUAUACAUUAGUAGUUGGCAAUUGUGUGGUAUCGUUAAGUACCUCUAAAUAACAUUUUUCUUCUUUUUUUUUUUUGUAGUCACAAAAUAAAUUUACUUAAUAUCAUCAAACGUGUAAUAGUAAUUAUAGUAAUAGUACCAUAACAUAAAAAUGAAAAUUGAUUUAGCCUUGGCAUUAAUAGUAGCACUUUUUGCUAUUGCAUCAGCUAGGCCUCAAGAUUUAUCCCUAGUUCUUAUGCCACCACUUCAAUUCGACCAGCCAUUAUUGAACAACGCUAUAAUUCCACCGCCUAACGUUUUUGGAAAACCAAUUAAUCCUAUUGUAGUAGCGGCAUUUCAACGAGACUCUCUAUUACCCGCUAACAUGCAAAAUUCCUUUUACAAAAAUCCACGUAUUGCUGAAUCCCUCGCUAAAAACAGUUGGUUUGGACCCGGUGAACAACAUGCUGUAGACAGAGAUACAGAGAAAAUCCCAAGAGAGCAAAUAUUCCACAUCCUGAAGAACGCUGGCCUCUUGCCAACAUCUCGAUAGAAUAUAAACUACUUUGAUUUUUUUUAAUUAUUUCAAUAUGAUGAGUUAUUUUUAAGUCUGUGUAAUUUAAUUAGGCCAGAUUUUUCUUUUAUAUAAUAGCUAUUCUACUAUUAUAAAAUGUAUUUAUUAGUUUUAACGGGAUUUUAGUCAUAAAUUAUAAUUUUUAAAUAACAGAAGAGUGAUGUAUUUUAUAUUUUUAAUACAAAUAUAAUACGUAUUUUAUAAAAAAAUAAUA